GCAGCUUGCCCAGGAUUUGGUGAUGAGCGCGGAUGCUGGGGGUGGCUCGUCCAGCGCCGCUGCAGAGCUGUGUGAGGAUGAGGAUGGCGUUUACUUCAGCUCCUACGGGCAUUAUGGGAUACACGAAGAGAUGCUAAAGGAUAAAGUGCGUACAGAAAGCUAUCGUGACUUCAUCUAUCAAAACUCACACCUCUUCCAGGACAAGGUGGUGCUGGAUGUUGGCUGUGGAACUGGAAUACUCUCCAUGUUCGCUGCCAAAGCAGGCGCCAGGAAGGUGAUUGGAGUCGACCAAUCUGAAAUCAUCUAUCAGGCCAUGGACAUCAUUAGAUUAAACAAACUUGAAAAUGUCAUUACAUUAGUCAAAGGAAGAAUUGAAGAAGUAGAUUUGCCUUUGGAAAAAGUGGAUGUAAUUAUAUCUGAAUGGAUGGGUUAUUUCCUCCUCUUUGAGUCAAUGCUGGAUUCUGUCAUCUAUGCAAAGGACAAGUACCUGGCAGAGGGAGGCUCAGUUUAUCCUGACAUUUGCACCAUUAGUCUAAUAGCAGUGGGGGACAUGAAUCAACACGCAGACAAGCUACUGUUCUGGGAAGAUGUGUAUGGCUUUGACAUGUCUUGCAUGAAGAAGGCUGUAAUUCCAGAAGCUGUUGUGGAGGUGUUGGAUCCAAACACACUGAUAUCUGCAGCCUGUGUCAUUAAGCAUAUCAACUGCAACACUGCAUCCACUCCAGACCUGGAAUUCUCUUCAUAUUUCACCCUGACCAUUACAAGGAGCACAAAGUGUACGGCAAUUGCUGGUUAUUUUGAUAUAUUUUUUGAGAAGAACUGUCACAACAAGGUCUUGUUUUCAACUGGUCCCCAGUGUACCAAAACUCACUGGAAACAGACAGUUUUUCUCCUGGAGAAACCAAUUCCUGUAGAAGCAG